UGGACUACGACGCACCAACCGAUGUUAGAAAAGACCUCAUUGAUCUUAUGAAACUGAGAAAAGGUGAUAUGCUCUACAGCUUCAUUAAUAACUCUCAUAUGCUGGACGGACGCACUAUGAAAGAUCUUCAAAAGCAGUAUUAAAAGUGCUGAGCCCCAAGCCUAAUCCUACACUUAAGAGUAAAUUCAGCAGGAUAAAAAUUUUCCCAAAACAAAAAUAGUAACAAAAACAUACAACCACUGAGGCGUAAUAGCAUAUUUGUGAAGAAGCCGGCUACUCAGUCUGAUCCCUAUAAAAAAGUGAAGAAGAGACAACCUAUCCAUUCCUUUGUGAAGACUUUCCUUAAGCGCAAGACUAAUUCUCAGAGGCUCCAGUCUUUGACCAUCAGAAACGAAAUUGAGAGAUUGAAAUAAAAUUGUUCAAGAUCACAAUCGGAAAUAAAAAGCUUCAUCAUAAGAAUCUCAAUUUGAACAUUUUCGAAACUUUUAGUCCUCAACCACAAAAAGUGAGGAGAUUCAAGCCAAGCCCAAGACCACUGGUAAUGACAAAUACAAAAAGGAUCUCCCAAGCCUUAGAAAAGCAUAAGUUUGGAUAUGGAUCAAGAAGGGCGUCCCAGAACAGAUCAAGGAUGCUCAAGUGCGACUUGACACCAAUAGUCUCUAAUACAAAUCUGUACCAACUAAAGCAGCAGAAAAAAUUAAAAAAUUCUCAUUUUUACCCUUCAACUGGCUUUAAGAGCCUUAAAACAAUCAAGAAAACAAAUGUUUUAAACCGAAAAUCUUCAAGUAUUUCCAGUAGGAAAAGUAAGAAAAGUAGAAGUAGUCUAAAAUCAAAAUCCUCUCAUGCAAGUUUCCGCAAAAUAAACAAACGCUUGCAGAGUUUAAACCAGAGCAUUGACGAGUCGCUCAACUCUCGCAGUAGCUCGCGUACUUACCGAUACAACUCCCGUAAGAUAGCUGUCCGGAGUAGCUCCCUAUCUCGCUUAAAAAGACAGUCUCCAUCACGAAGAAGCACAAGCACGAACAAAAGUAACAGAAUGAAAGUGAAAAGGAAGGAUUCCUCAGUGAUGGAUAUUAUAAAGGAUAUUAAUAAGAGAUAUAGUAUUAAGCAUUUGCCUCAGGAGACACAGAAGAAGUUACAGAGAGUUUAUUCGAUUGUCAACCCGAAAAUUAAGAAAGAAGAAGGAAGAAGACAUGCAGCGAAGAAUAAAUUUAAAUGAGCGCUUGAGAAGCUGAUCUCGAGUGGGGGUAAUCAGAAGUAUGUUGAGAUAUUCCGACUCUCUGAUGUUGAAACUAUAUCAUGUCUCAUGCAAGCAAUGUCAGCUGAAUCAAGAAAAUCUCUGAUGGGAAAGAAUCUCAAAAAGACAAUGAGUAAGGAAAAUAUUAAGAGUUUUGAAAAGAGGAACGGUCUUCGCGGUAGUGUUGUUUCAAUCAAAAAGCCUUUCCAUCAUAAUUUUGAUCGUAAGAGCUCUAUCUCAAGCUGAAGGAGCGAGAGCAAUAGGAUAAUGAGGAAAUCUUCAGUGUAUUACAGUCUUAAGAGAAGUCCUUUUGGUAGAUAA